CUGCAGAAGCUCAACUGUCUUCCUUGUCCCCGUUGCCCUUCUCAGGAGGAGUAAUUGACCAAGAGGGAAAUGGCGGUGACGGUGUACGGCCCUUCAUAUUCGACUGCCACGGCGCGUGUGAUUGCUUGCCUUGAAGUUUAUGGCGUGGAGUACCGACAGGUUCCUGUCGACCUCGUCGCCGCUGAGCACAAGCAGCAAGCUGUUCUCUACGGUAACCCCUUCGGCCAGGUUCCGGUGUUUGAAGACGGCGACCUCAAGCUCUUUGAAUCCAGGGCAAUCACUAGGUACAUAGCAAAGAAGUACAAGCGCGCCAAUGGCCCUGACCUCCUGAAGGAGGACAAUCUGGAGGAGUCUACAAUGGUGAACAUAUGGAUGGAAGUGGAAGCACACCAGCUCGAUAAAGCAGUCCAACCCAUAAUCUUCCAAUUGCUCGUCGUGCCCGUUCUCCUCGGCGGCGCACCGGACCAGAAGAUCGUCGAAAAUUCAGUAAAAAACGUAGAGAAAUUGCUCGAUGUGUAUGAGGCCAGGCUUUCUGAGAGCAAGUAUCUGGCAGGUGAUUUCUUCAGCUUGGCAGACCUAAACCACCUUCCAUAUCUACACUAUCUGAUAAAUACGCCAUACGCUUCUGCCAUUACCUCCAGGCCACAUGUGAAAGGUUGGUGGGAGGAUUUGCUGUCAAGGCCGGCUUGCCAGAAGGUAACGGCUAAUAUGAAGCGGUAGAAGUUCAAAAUUUGAUGUUUUGUGUUGGACGGUAAUAAGGUUUGGCGUUUGUGUUUGCGUAUGCGUUUAUGUUUGUGUUUGCGUUUGUGUUGUCUUUGGGGGGAAUAAACAGCUAAGAUUUUUAUGUUUGUGUUGUUUGACAUUAAAUAAAGCUGUGAUUGAAUGUUCAGAACUAGCAA